AUGCCCGCGCCCACGCGCUUCACCCGCGCGCCCCGACGUGCGCACCCCGGCUCCCGGCCCGCCGAACGCGGCGCACGAGUCGCGCGCCGCGCGGUCGAGGAGCCCAAGACGCGCGGAGGAGACUCGGCGCCCGGCAGAAUCUACCGCGGCGCGCUGUUUCCCGGCGUGGAGGUGCCCGAGGCGGGCGCGGACGUCUGGCGCGGCAUCAGCCGCGUGUUCCCAUGGGGCAACGGCGCGCCCGUCACCGAGGGCGUGUUGGGCGAUCUCCUCAAGGAAGAGGUCCGCGCCGCGCCCCUCUUCGUCCCGCUUUACGACUACUACCGCCAGUACGGCGGCGUGUACAAUCUCGGCGCGGGGCCCAAGUGGUUCGUCGUGGUGUCCGACCCCGUCGUCGUGCGCCACAUGUUCAAGGACAACGCGGACGCCUUCUCGAAGGGCAUCCUGACCGACAUCAUGGAGCCCAUCAUGGGCGACGGACUCAUCCCCGCCCCAAAGGAGAUCUGGGCCAAGCGAAGGCCCACGGUGGGUGCCGGUUUCCACGGCGCGUGGCUCAAGCACAUGACGAACUUGUUCGGCGCAUCCGCGACGAACCUGGCGGACAAGCUCGAACGAGAGUGGUGCGACAAAGACGUCGCCGUGAACCUCGAGGACGAACUCUACGCCAUGGCGCUGGACGUCAUCGGCAAGGCGGUGUUCAACUACGAGUUCGGCGCCCUACGCGAGGAGACGCCCCUCAUCAAAGCCGUCUACCGCGUGCUCCGAGAGUCGGAACAUCGGAGCACGUUUCCGUUGCAGUACUGGAACAUCCCGGGCGCCAUGGACGUAGUCCCGCGUCAGAAGCAGUUUAAAGAGGACAUCGCGGCGAUCAACGCGGAGCUCUCUAAACUCAUCGCCGACGCGCUCGCCGAUCGCAACGAGACGGACUUGGCGGAGAUGGAGUCGAGGGACUACGCUAAUGUGGAAGAUGCCUCGCUGUUGCGCUUCCUCGUGGACGUAAGGGGCGAGACGGUUUCUUCCACGCAGCUCAGGGACGACCUGAUGACGAUGCUCAUCGCGGGACACGAGACCACCGCGGCGGUGCUGACGUGGACGAUGUACCUCCUCGCCACGCACCCGGAGGAGGCGGAGUUGGCGAGGGCGGAGGUGGACGCGAUCGUGGCCGAUCCAAGCGGGGUACCCACCGUGGAGGAAAUUCGCAAGCUGGAACGGACUCGGCUGUGUUUGGCGGAGGGCAUGAGGAUGUACCCGGCGCCGCCCAUCUUGAUCCGACGCGCGCUGGAGGACGUGACGCUCCCGGCGGGCGGGAUGGGCCGGGAAAUCACGCUGAAGAAGGGCACCGACUGUUUCGUCGCGGUGUGGAACCUGCACCGGUCGCCGGACCUGUGGGAUCGACCGGACGUGUUCGACCCUGCACGGUUCAAGCGCGAGUUUAAGAACCCCAAGAUCGAGGGAUGGAACGGUCUCUCGCCCGAGCUCGUCACCGGUCUGUACCCCAACGAGCAGAGCACGGAUUUCGCGUACGUGCCCUUCGGCGGCGGCCAAAGGCGGUGCGCCGGGGACAUGUUCGCGAUGAUGGAGGCGACGGUUGCUCUGAGCGUGCUUUUGAAAAGGUUUGAGUUUGAGCUCGGGUGCGAUGAAAGCGAGGUGGAGAUGAUCACGGGCGCGACGAUUCACACCAAGGCUGGCAUGCCCGUGAAGCUCAGGAGCAGGUCCGCGAAGUAG